GUGAAGGUGAGUUUUAAAUUUUAAACGUUAACUAAAGAAAUAACGUUUAAAAAAUUACAGACCAACAUUGUGAAAUGUGUAAUUUUCCAGGUUAUCAACUGGAAUAAUCUCGAGCAGCGGUUUUUGCGAAAAUUCCGUAAAAAAUGAAUACCUUGGGAUGUGCAUCUAAGAUUAGUCUUAUCACAGAAGUUUUCUAGUGCGGAAGGAUUGUUAACUCACCUGUUUGUGUCCAGUUAGGCCUUGAUAUCUGAAAGUAGGGUUAGCUAUUUUUGCAACAACGAUCGCCGUUCAUGGAUAAGACAGUUAAUUUCUCUGUUUUUAAAGAGAAAAUAAUUAAAACCAAUGAACUACUUGGUGUACUUUUGGAAAAAAAUAAAACUUUAGAUAAGACGCAGCAAUGGACACAACAGUUAAAACUAAAACUCCAGUUAAGCCAGAAUGAAAUUGCUAAGUUGAAACUGAGAAACGAAACGCUAUCAAGUAGUUUAAAAACUACGGAAACUAAUUAUAGCGCCCUUGAAGAAGAGCAUAAUAAAUUAAGGCAACAGUUUAGUAAAUUGGAAUCCGAAUCUAGUAAAACUAUUAACACCUUACAAUUGAAUUAUCAAUUCGCAAACCAAGAACUGAACGAGUGUAAAAUAAAGCUUGCAAGUUUAUCACCUAAUGAUGACGCGAACAAAAAAUCAGGUAGAAAAAAGAAUGUGUCACCAGUUAAAAAGAAAACCAAGGAGAAGGAAUGUGCCACACAAACCGAUGCUGUAUCUUACCAAGUUGAUUGGCAGUCACAAAAGGAAAAACUAAACAAUGAAACCGUUGACCUCAAGCUGGAAAUAUAUGAAUUAAAAAAGAAACUUCACGACCUACAAGCCGCACAAGAGGACCUAACAUUAUUUCAUGAAAUUGAAGAUAAAUUAAAAAAUAAAGAGCAGGAGUUGACAGAAGCAAAAAUUAAAUUUGAUGACAGUAUUAAAAUCAAAGAUGCCGAAAUUAGUCACCUGUUACAAAAAAUUAAAGACAUGGAAAGUGAAAUUGAAAGGUUGAAGGAGGAAAAUUGUUCGAAUCAAGUAGAAAUAUCCCUUUUACAACAAAAUAGUGUUGAUAAAGUAGAUAAGGAAGUACAAGUGGCGGCACAAGAAUGGAGUGAAGUAUUGUCAUGUAAAAAAGGCAGUGAAAAGAGUAAAACUCCAACAGAUGAAGAAGUUUGUGAAAUAAUGCAGCAAAUGACUGUUCCCUCAAGAGUAUCGCCUUUGAGCAACCUGGAAGAGAUCACUGAAAAUUUACCAUCAGAACGUCUAAAUGAAUCACAAGACAGGUCAUCACCGUGUAACCCUAGCUUACUAACAGUUGUAAAUAAAAGGCGACAUAUGUUGAAAAGGAAGAGACUAAUCGCCAAACAGAAAGCAAAAGUAGACCUACUUAGUGCACUGAUAGCUUUAAAGAAAGCAAACAUUAAUUUUGUCAUAAGCAACGAUUCCUUAAUACGUUCUAGUACACAUUCUCCCCCACUUGCGGCUAUAAAACCACAUCCAGUUCGUGCGAAAGUGAAACCACUUAAGAAAAACAACUUCAAAACAGUAACAAAUGAAUUGAAGUGUCCUCUGAUGUGUUGCACAGAUACUUACAUGGUGUUAAAACACAAUGACGAGGAGGAAGCACCACUUUUGGGAUUUGUUGGAGUCAAAAACGAAAAUCCAUUACAUGAUAAGUGGGAUUUUGACGAUUUAUUACCUUUACAAAGCCAAAAAUUAAUAAAUUGCGAAGACCAAAACACCUCUGAACCCGUGCAAGUGGAAACAGUUGAAAAUAAAGAGGCAGAAGAAAACAAUAUUAUUAAAACCAUACCAAGAAACACGCAAGUUCGGAGGAGUAAACGCAGUAGAAGUUCGAUUAUGUCCGCUAUAAAGAAGCAAAAAUCCUCAACAAAUAAACGGUUGAGGAUGUCAGAAGAUAUCUUACCUGAUGAUACGACUAGUGAACAUAAUGAAAAUACCGAUUUAGAGGUACUUUCGAGUGCAAAACAAGUUUCCAAAUCACUGGAAACCAAGUUUGUUAAUCAAAGAUCCGCAACAAAUAAACGCUUGAGGUUGUCAAAAUAUGCGAACUUACCUGAUGAAGAUACGAGGAGUGAAAGUAACGAAGUACUUCCAAGUGGGACACAAGAAGCUGUUUUCAAAAAACCGAUUGCAGAGGCGAAGACACCGAAAACCAAAUUUAAAAGGCCAGUUUGUAGCACUCGGCGCUCGCCUCGGAAAAUCACACAAAUUGAAAAUCAAAAUGAACACAUUGAAGAAAAAGCGGAGGAAAAUGUUAUUUUGGAAAGUCCAAAAUCACCGGUUCAAACCGAUUCUUGUCCGUCAGAUAAUCCAGUAUUAAUUCCUCUAGAAAAAGCCCCCGAAAGUGGUGAAAAGUUGCCGACUAGUAAAAUUGAAGCGCUUUUCAAAAAACUAAUUGUUUACGGCGCGGAAGAAGAAGCCUCGAAUGAAGUUGUGAGGGAGUUUUCGGGUCAAGAACCGGAUUACAUUGCCGAGGCGGUUUUGGAGAGGGUUGCCGUUGAUUAUCAUGACGCUCCCGAUACGAAAUACAACCCGGCGCCUCUUAUGACCGACGUUCAGAGGACAAUGUUGGGUUUUAUGUCAAAACUGGAAAGGACAGGAGUAGUUGGUGUCUUUGACAAUUUCUUGACUUUAGCCGAACAAAGAUUAUUAACUUGUGACAAUUUACAAGAGUUUGCCCCAAUCACGAGGCUCUAUCUUGCGAUUUGUAAGCUUCACAAAAAUUUGUAUAGGAUGCGGAGGUUGUGCUGUGAUGUAUUUUAUUUCUGUGGGGACUUUGCGGUGCCGUUUUUGUUCACCGUUUUGACGUCGUGGACGGAAGUGUUGCCACAUGAAACAAAUUCUUCAGAGAUGCCUUUGGCAAGGGUUCUUGUACAAAUUAUAUACACAAAAGACUGCAACAAGCCGGGAUACAAUUUAUUGCCGUUGAGGGAUUUGUUGAUUAAAUUUUACGGCUAUCCGACUGAAAGGUGGGACGUUGAUGAGUUUUUCAAGGAGCUUUUCUACGCUUAUUUGAGAAACCCGGUCAGGUCCUCAGACUUUGCGUUGCUGUUGUAUUGUAAAAAUCGACCCGAGAAGUGGGUGUAUGAAAAAAUUGAGGAACAUAUGAAGCCGAUUGUUGAGCAAAUCCCCAAAGAAAAUUUUAAGGCCGCUGUGAUUAUUUUAAUCGGUAAUUUAUACAACCGGUUUAGUUCCAAGUCGGAAGUAAAUUAUUUGCCCAAAAUUAGGGAGUGGUUCAGAAGUUUGCUGACAGAAACCACACCAGAUGUUGUGAGGAGAAGUGUAUAUCUUUGCCUAAAUAGGCUCAAGAAAAAAUAAUUUGUAAGAAUUAGGUACAAAUAAUAAAGAGGUAAUUUUUCAUA